AUGUACCUCUCCCUCCUCAUUUUUGCGGAACGGUUUUCCCUCCAUCAGGACACACUCCUUCCCUUCCAGACCAACCUUGCUGUUUCCCUCUUCCCCAGCCAUGCCUCCAGCACACACUACAUCCACGUUAUCCCGCCCUUCCUGCACCUGGGUCUCGGAGUUCCUGUCAUCUGCCCGAUCGAGACAAUCCACAGGAUCUUCUAUGCCAGUUUGGUGAAUACAACACCUAGCAACAUACCUCAGCCAACGUACAUGCAUGUAGCGCAUCAGACGUCUGGCAUCACGCACAGCAUCCCUAUUGCCUCUCACCCUUACAUUCCACCACCCGAAGUUCACUCUGUGAUCUAUGGGAUUGAAAAGAAUACUUUUCUUGCUUUGGCAGCAUUGGCCACCACGAAUGCGCCCAUCGUUGACUUGGGUUAUGCUCAGUACCAAGGUUCGGUGGAUACAACUACGAAUACCACCAGCUUCCUUGGAAUACGGUAUGCAGCUCCCCCGCUUGAUAACUUGAGAUGGGCAGCUCCGCAGCCUCCACCGACUGUUCCAGGCGUUCAACAAGCUACCACGCAACCAAAUGAAUGUCAUCAAGGACCCCUGGGCAAUGCCUCGACAAAUCCUUUCGAAAGCAUCUCUUUAAGCAAGAGGGAUGUCAGUCAGUCAGAAGAUUGCUUGUUUUUAAGCGAGUUUAGCACACCAUUUGCAAAGGAGAAACAAGGUCAAGCCGACUCGAAGAAAGCAAAGUUCUAUCAGCCGGAGGGUGACCACCUUACCCUUCUGACGGCAAGAAGCAUGCAGCGUGCACAGGAUAUCCGCAAGCAGCCAGUCAUCAUGGACAGGCGCGUCGUCACUACUAUAGAGCCAAAAUGGCUCAUGGAGGUUGCACCUCAGGUUUUCAAAGUCGCCGACGCCAACAAGAUCAGUCAAACGAAGUGCACGCUUGCUGUAAAGUAUUAUGCUGUUGUCGAUCAGCCUGCUGCAAUUUGCUGCCCGGUGUCCAUAGUAGAUCACUGA